AUGGCUACCGUAGUCUAUACAAAACCUCCACAGGACGGCAGUGUCGGGACGCUCUUCGCGGGAUAUGCUUUUUGGGUAUCGGCGACUGUUCCCCAACGAAACAGAUUCAAGGAACUUAUACAAAUAAAUGGCGGUACGGUCGUGCUUUUGGAAAAGGAUGCAGACAUCAAACUCGUUGAUCAUGCAAAACGAGACAUUCCACUCAACUCACAUUCAUACACAUUCAUCGAAAAAUCUGUCAGGAACGGAAAACUUGAAGAUCUGGAAGAUCACAGAGCUGGUCAAAGAAAUCGCCCAGUUGGAGCAGUUGGGAUACCUGCUCGAAGUUCCAGGACACCCUAUACCCUUCAAGACGAUCAAAUACUUUGGGAUUGGGUGCAGCCCUACGCAACGCGCGGCGAUCAAAUUGCAGGCAAUCUUAUCUAUCAGCAACUUGCUGAGCAAAAUCCACGACACACCUUUCAAUCUUGGCGGGAUCGCUAUUUGAAGAGACUUCGACACCUUGGUCAUCGUCCAGGUGGACCAGCACAUGAAGAAACAGCCGCCCCUCAGCCAAGAGCUCUUGCACCGAAGCCAUACCCUCAUGCAGGCCCAUCAAAUACAGAAGACAACAGACGUGCUACUCAAGACACGGCUGCAGMAAAGAAACGCAAACGAGCAUCUUACGAAGAUGCUCCAGCCGUUUUUAAUACCGAGGGCGUCCAGGUGGCCCAGAAUAAAAGAAGGAUACCCCAAGAUGAUCCAGUAGAGAGCGACUCGCAAAUAGAAACAUCGGACGAAUCUCAAUCAGAAAAAUACGAGACCGCGCCACAAUUCCCAGUCCCGGAAGAGGGUCAACUAGACGAUGACGACACCCUUGUACCUCUCACGCCCCAUGAAGAAUGCCACGAGGAAAACGGUAGCGCGGAAGACCUCGAUGUUUGGAUUCAGAGACGGGUACACUCCGGCCGGAAACUGGAGGACAUCAUUCAAGCUCUCAGUUGUACUUCCAUGAACCCCGAGCUAGCAGAUAAAGUCUUAGAUGUGCUGUCCAAAGAAAAGAAAAUCCCCAGCAAUAUGCAAGGAGUCUGGACAGAGGCAGAUGAUGAAGCUCUUACGGGUCAAGACGGUAGGGCGAUGGAACGAGUGAUGAAGAAGCAUGGCUCAGAACUCUUUGAUGAGCGAUGGCAAUAUCUUGAACAAAGUGCCAGGGCGACACAACUAGUCGCGGAAGGUCAAUGA